CUGUCAAACUUGUGUCAGUAGUACCAUUGUGAACACAUAUUUUACUGCGUUGUGCGCGCCUCACGCCCGCGCGCACACAGGUUAGUAUAAUGGAAAUUAACUCAAAAUAAAAUGUUGCGUAGCUAGCGAUAUAAGCGCAGGACGUAUGUGUGUGUGUGUGGCCGCGAACAGCCGGAUCCGGGCGGAGUGCACCCUCAGGCCGCAUCGCCCCGGCCGCACCAGUCUGCCUGACCGCGCAGAGGAGGAGGGCGGGCGCGGCGCCAACGGGGCGGGAAGGUCGCUGGCGAGGGCUCCGGGCUGCAGCUCCCGCGGCGGUGGCGGUGGUGGCGGCGGCUCGGGAUGGAAGCGCAGGACUGUCAGGCGGCCGCGAUGCCCGAGCCACCCAGGCCCCCUGCCCGCGACUGCUUGGCCGGCUGGUGGGACAUGGUCGAGCGCAACCUGCGAUCUUUUCCACACUCCUGUUCAACGCUUGGAAGAAAAAUUGCUGCUCUGUAUGACAGCUUUACUAGUAAAUCCUUAAAAGAACAUGUUUUCCCUCCUCUGAUAGACAUGCUAAUUUAUUUCAAUUUUUUCAAAGCCCCGUUUCUUGUGGAUUUAAAGAAACCAGAGUUAAAGAUUCCUCACACGGUGAACUUCUACCUGACAGUUGAACCUGGGGUGAUGCUAGGGAUCUGGCAUACAGUCCCCAGCUGCCGGGCGGAAGAUGCCAAGGGGAAGGACCGUGGCUGGUAUGAAGCAGCCCUUCGCGAUGGGAACCCAAUUAUUGUUUACCUUCAUGGCAGUGCAGAACACAGGGCAGCUUCUCACAGACUCAGGCUGGUAAAGCUGGAAUACAAUGGCGCGAUCUCGGCUCACUGCAACCUCUGCCUCCCAGGUUCAAGCGAUUCUCCUGCCUCAGCCUCCCAAGUAGCUGGGACUACAGGCAUCUGCCACCACACCAGGGUGCUGAGUGAUGGUGGCUUUCAUGUCUUGUCUGUUGACUACAGAGGAUUCGGGGACUCUACGGGUAAGCCCACAGAGGAGGGUCUGACUGUGGAUGCUAUUUGUGUCUAUGAGUGGACCAAGACAAGAAGUGGCAUCACUCCUGUGUGUCUCUGGGGCCACUCCCUGGGUACAGGAGUUGCAACGAAUGCUGCAAAAGUGUUAGAAGAAAAAGGAUGCCCAGUUGAUGCUAUUGUCUUGGAAGCUCCAUUUACCAACAUGUGGGUUGCAAGUAUCAAUUAUCCCUUGUUAAAGAUUUACCGGAAUAUUCCAGGAUUUUUACGUACACUUAUGGAUGCCCUGAGAAAAGACAAAAUAGUCUUUCCUAAUGAUGAAAAUGUUAAAUUCCUUUCUUCUCCCCUUCUCAUCUUACAUGGAGAGGAUGACAGGACAGUGCCUUUGGAGUAUGGAAAAAAGCUCUAUGAAAUUGCACAUAAAGCAUACAGGAACAAAGAGAGGGUCAAGAUGGUUAUCUUUCCUCCAGGCUUCCAACACAACCUGCUUUGUAAAAGCCCUACACUAUUAAUAGCCGUAAGAGAUUUCCUGAGCAAGCAGUGGUCAUGAAGUCUUGGAGGAGUGGAAAUCUUCAAUGAAGACCUCGUCUAAACACCACCUGUGAUGUACAUUUUUUAAUAUAAAAUUGUACUGGGCUAGUCAGAUGAGCCGAAGCCAUUGACUUCUCUGCAAAUCACUUGCCAUUUUAACAACAGAAAACAUACAUGUUAGGCAGUAUGGAAUGUUCUUGUUUAGCUUAUAAUCUACUUUGUAAAACAUUUUUCACAAUUUGGUAAAAUUUACAUCCUAUCUAAAAAUAUGUAGUUAUCAAACAUCCUAGGGAUAUUUGUGAAUAAGGUAGUUGCUAUGGUCCGAAUAUCUGGGCCUGCCCACCAAAUUAUGUUGAAACCUAACCAACGGCCAAUGUGAUGGUUAUAGGAGGUGGGGCUGAGCUCUCAUGAAUGAGAUUAGUGCCCUAAUAAAUUAUGACCAAAAGAGCUCUUCACCCCUCCUACCAUUUGAAGAUAUAGUGAGAAGGCUUCAUCUAUGAAGCACAAAGAAGCCUUCAUCAGACACUGAAUCCAGCCAGUGCCUUGCUCUUGGACUUCCCAGCCCCCACAACUGUGAGAAAUAAAUUUCUGUUGUUUAUCAGCUA